ACGAGGCGGAGGACCGUGAGCGGUGGGGCCGGUGGCGGGUAGAGGUGUGAGGGCGGCGAGGGACCUCAGGGGUAGUCGGGCCGGUGUGGCCGCCGCCGCCGCCAUGCAGGAAAUCAUCGCCAGCGUGGACCACAUCAAGUUCGACUUGGAGAUCGCAGUGGAGCAGCAGCUCGGGGCACAGCCGCUGCCCUUCCCCGGCAUGGACAAGUCAGGGGCUGCUGUCUGCGAAUUCUUUUUGAAAGCUGCCUGUGGCAAAGGGGGCAUGUGCCCAUUCCGCCAUAUCAGUGGCGAGAAGACGGUUGUGUGUAAACACUGGCUGCGGGGGCUGUGCAAGAAGGGGGACCAGUGCGAGUUCCUGCACGAGUACGACAUGACCAAGAUGCCUGAGUGCUACUUCUACUCCAAGUUCGGGGAGUGCAGCAACAAGGAGUGCCCCUUCCUGCACAUCGACCCUGAGUCCAAGAUCAAGGACUGCCCUUGGUACGACCGUGGCUUCUGCAAGCAUGCCCUCGAUUUGAACUGCCGAUGGGAACCACCGAGCAGCCCCCACUGCCACAGCAGACGCAGCCUCCAACAAAGAGAGCCCCGCAGGUCAUCGGGGUCAUGCAGAGUCAAAACAGCAGCGCAGGCAACCGGGGACCCCGGCCGCUGGAGCAGGUCACCUGUUACAAGUGUGGCGAGAAAGGACACUACGCCAACAGAUGCACCAAAGGCCACUUGGCCUUUCUCAGUGGACAGUGACAGCAGCUGGAGCCAGCUCAGAGCAGCCCAAGGGUCCCCACUCUCAGGGACCACCCUGGGCCAUCCUUGGGAGCGUGCACUUAACUGUUUAACGCCAGUGUUGGUGCAACUCUGGCUGGAGCAGGCAGGCAAGCACGCCAGGGUUCAUCAUUCUGAGGGGCUGCGUCUGACAGUUUCCCUAUUAUUUGCUGUAAACUUUUUUAAAAGGGGACAAGUGCUCCAGUUUGGUCAAGUCGGCAUCAUGUCUGUCUAGGCAUCGACACCUGUCCGCAAUUCCCUGCACACCGCCCUCUGGGGAGGGGAGGAAGCGGUGGGGAAGGGCUCCUGCCAAGCAGUCUGUAGGGAAGGCAGCCCUUCCCCUCGAGGCCUCAUUAAACACCAGUUCUUGGUGACCCCAGGGGCUGUUGGAUCAUUUAAAGCUGGUCAUGCCUGCUUCCUCCACAUCCUGCUGAAUUCAGAACCUGUGCCUGUCCGUGUGACUUGAAUGAGGCGGCCCCUUGGGGCAAACUUAAGUGCACUCCUUGUCUCUACGACUGGGCCCUGCUCCGAGGUGGCAGUGGUUGAGAGGAAGGGCACAGGGCUCUCAAGUGUGAGGGGCUUUUGUUCUGGGCUCAUUUCCUUGGAGUGCCUCCUUAUCAGUGGCAUGGCUGAAGGUAUGCCUUAAGCUGGAGCUGCAGACCACCCAGUAAAUCGAUGACACAGUCUAUCUGUGCACCUACCUCCUGCCCCUGAACCUGGAAAUGUGAGACUGUCACCUGCAGCCUGCUGGGCAAGUGGGCCUGUUCAAGUUCAGUUACAAGAACAAUUUUUAUGAGAUCGAUUAAAGCUUGUUUUUUA